CCCCUCCCGGCUGCCCACCACUUUUUGAUCUGGGAGAUCUCCGCCACAACUAGCGUUACAAUGGCUUCUGGUUACGGUAUUCGCGGUGGCCCCUCGCGCUGUUUUACCUUCUGGCAGGAAGUGCUCGGCUGCUAUGUAGUCAAUUCGGGAGAGGGGGAGGCUGGCAAGCAGAAGUGCGCGCCUGCUCUGGAGGAUUACUACGAGUGCCUCCACCACCGGAAAGAGGCUCUCCGGACGAUGAAGAUGCAGGCGGCCUUCCGCAAGGCCGAGGCGGCACACCCGCGCGAGAACGCACCCAAGGCAGAACAGAUCCGCAGUCUAGGGCUGUUAGGGAAAGACGAAGAGUCGGCAGCUGUGUUAGCAGCACGGUCUUGAAGGGUAUUCGGGGAGCAAAGGAUCGAUGGGUUUUUCUGCAGUCUUUUCUCAGCUUUGUUUGUUUUCCCACGAUGGAGCCCUUGUCUGUAUAGAAAAUGGCGAUGGCGAUCAUUUGGAUGUCUCAAUACGAAGUGUCUAC